AUGAAAACAAAGUGGAAACUGUAUAUUUUGUGGAGUGUUUUAACACUUGGCCUCCUCAGUGCUGCAGAAAACACCCAUGAAUCCUCAUUUGUUCUCAGGAGGAAGAAGGUUUCCACAUCAGGUUCUCCAAAAUCCAAACACGACGCAGUCAAAUCAACAACAACCGGCGACGCAAAGUCUUCUCAGAGGUCCGCUGCACCUCCAGGACAGUAUGACCCUCCGACACCUGUCACAGCUCGGACAGUGUCUCCGGAAAAGCCCGAGUCAGACACCCAGUCGGACUUCGCGUACGUCCCGGAUGUCUCUGUCACCUGCGGGGCGUCUGACGUGGUGGUCCGGGUCAAACCUGCUUUCUAUGGCCUGGGUGCACGUGCAGGAGAGCUGAGGUUGGGCAACACCUGCAGAAGUAACGGGGUCCUCGAACCUUAUGGUGACCUGCUCUUCACCUAUCCUCUGACUGCCUGCAAUGUCCGGCGUGAGUUAUCACUCGAUUACCUGGUCUACAAGUUUGUGCUCCAUUACCAACCUUCUCUAAAACGAUUUCCAAGCGGAGCGCACAAGAUCAGUGUCCACAUUGAGUGUCGUUAUCAAAGGAAUCAUCAUGUGCACCAACUAGCUGUUCAGCCCACCUGGAAAACUGCUGUUGCGUACAAAAUUCUGAAAGGACAUAUGAAUUACUUCCAGAUUGAGUUGAUGGAUGAUACAUGGAGUGGCCCAGUCAAGUCCCAGGUGUUCCAGCUUGGACAAACAGUAAACCUCCAGAUCUCUGCUCCUCGUCUACCCACUGGAAAAAGACUAUACAUCAACAGCUGUUAUGCAUAUCCCUCCAGUGGAUCUAAACCAACCCUUAAAUUUGCCAUUAUUGACAAUUACGGCUGUUUAUUGGACAGUAAGAGUGACCCAGGAGCGUCUGAGUUCAUUUCCAGGACAGAUAAGAGCCUGCGAUUCUCCCUAAAGGCCUUCCAGUUUACCCCUGACCCCGACUCGGAGAUCAGAAUAAAGUGCAAACUGUUUGCCACAUCAGCUGACCCAGGUCCUGCUCACAAAUCCUGCACAUACAGACACAACAGUUGGGAGGCCCUUUCUGGUGAUAACUCCAUAUGCGACUGCUGUGAUUUCCAGUGUGUGACUUCUAAACCUCGCAGGGCCAUGAUGGAAGGCUCUGCCAGCGGGUCCUUGUUGGUCUCCAAUCAGCUGCAUACAGAUGACGACCUUCAACCAAUUAGUCCCUCCGUGGUCAGCAUGAGGGAAGUGGACGAGACCAGAGAGACUCAUGACUCUGAGCUCCACAGUCAUGAUAAUCAGUGGCAAAGUGAGAUGGAGUUCGACAAAAGGGAAAAAGAAGAUGAAAGUGGGGUGACAGAACCUGAGAUGGAAAGAUUUGAGUUUGGAGAUGGGAUUAUAUUUGAGGAGAGUAAAGAGUUUGAAGUAAAGGAUUCAAAUGAGUUUGGAGAAGAUGGGUCGUGGUAUGAAGAUGACUUUUCAGGCUAUGACAAAGAAGAGGAAAAAUGUAAUGAAAGGGAAGAUGAGAUCUUAGAUUUAGAGACAGUGCAUCGUAACAAAGAUGGAACAGAAUUUCAGUGGCUUCAAUUUGAGCAAAAUCCAAAAUUAGAAGUAGUGCUAAACUCUGAAAGAGAGGAAGAAAUCAGAGAAAAUAGAGGUGGGAGAGUGAAGGAUGAGGGGGUGGAAGUCUCAGAUGUGGAGUGGGAAAGUGGUGAUGGUCUAGUGGAUGUAAUGGAUGAAAAGGAAACGACCUGGUAUUUCACAUGGGGGCUGUAG